AUGAAAGCGCACUGUUGUAAAUCCAGUAGAUUAAACUUUCAUAAACGAUUGAUUACUACCUGGGGCGCCGCGCCCCACCCACCAAAUUGCUCCAGCAAUGAGAAUUGGUCAUCGCCACAACGGCUGGUGAAGUCAGGAGUGAUACAACUCGGGGGUUCCUCAACAGUAAUAUACGCAGAGGACGUGAAAACUGCGUCAUCGCCGUCGCCCCUGGAAUUCUGGAAAGGCUUGGGAAAAUCAGCAGCGUCAGUCUUGCUCUCGUUUCCAGAGAGGACCCGCAAGGCGGCGUUCCACACCAGUGUGUGUUUUUCCAGUGAUCUGGAAAGUGCAAAGCCCUUUCUUGACGGCUUAAACGAUGGUCAAAAUCUCGCAGCAAGCCUUUGGUCUGGAAGGUCCUGCGAACAGGGUUUUGUGAGGAGUAAAUACAAGGAUUCUGGAACUUACUUAUUACUAGGUAGCCAGAAAACUCUCCAGAAUUAUGUGGUUCAGAAAACCCUCUGGGUACUGGUUUCCACCGUACCAGAUACUGAGCAGUUUCGUACGCAGCUGGGACUGGCAGUACCAGAAAAACUCCAAAUGGUAUUCCUUGCUAGCAAGAUUACGCAAAAUUCAAGAGAGAAACGGAACGCUAUUGAGGAAAUACUUAAAGAAAAGACGCCUGGAAACGAUCUUAGAGGUUUGGAAAAAUGGCCGUUGGGUGAUAUAACUCAAAGCUCAGUUUUACUUUCUGGUAACUUUAGCCAAAGGAAAAGAGUGCAACACUUCAAUGAGCAUGCAAGUCAGCUAUUGUAUUUAGUAUAUGUGGCGCACUCAUUAGCCAAUGGUUCGACUCUGCUGGAAAGGGCAGGUUUAUGGAAAGAGGAUUCUGGUCUCGAUCUCUGGAAGCCUCUGGAAAUUCCAUCUCUGUCCGACUUCCAGAGACGUCAUAUAAUUUUGACGACUGUCCACAAACCACUAGUCUUCGAGAUCAAACGCCCGGACGAGACCCAGGUGACCUCCCUGAGGGAAGUGACUGGUUACGUGGCGGAAGUGAUUCGAGUCCUCCAGCGGGACCUGAACUUCACCGUCGACCUCAUUUUCACGAACACCUUCGGCACGGAACUCGACAACGGCUCCUGGAAUGGCAUGAUGGGUGACCUGACGAGGAAGGAGGCUGACCUGUCGCCCCUGGACUUCUCGCCGUCGUGGGCCAGGGCGCAAGCGGCGGACUUCAGCGAAUGGUUCGGCACGGACGAAGUGAUUGUGAUCUCCCAAGCAGCGACGCCCGUUUCCAAACCCUUCCUCAUGCUUGAGGUGUUUUCCUUGAGGGUGUGGCUGGCGAUAAUAGGAACUGGCAUCGCUACAGGAGUUCUCUUGUUUGCCAUCGAUCUGAUUCUUAAGAGGCAUCGGGAUGGAAAUCUUCGUUUCCACAGUGACGUCACAGGACACAGUUCCUUUAAGCAACAGCUGAUUACCCUGCAGGACACAGUUGGGGCAGCUUUGAAGCUCUUUCUGAUACAAGGAAGCACCAACUGGCCUUCUACGUGGUCUGGCCGAAGCCUCUCCUGCUGUUUCUUCCUGGUGGUGAUUUCCGUCGUGGCCCUCUACCAAGGGUACAUCAUCGCCUUCUUAGCCGUGCCCCGGAGGGCGUCGCCCAUCGACUCUGCCCAGGACCUCAUGAAGAGACUCGAUAAGGUCACGCCCAUCGUCAGGAAGAACACUGUCUAUUACACUUUCUUGUUUUGUUCACAGACGCUGCAAGAACUGAAAGCAAGAGUUCAAAACGAGUUUAUGAUCAUUAUUUUUACGUCUAACUUCGAGAGUUACCGCCCGAUCGCAGAAAAGCUGAGGUUCCAUCAGGAUUCUUUCCUCGACACCUGGGAGUUUUUCAAAAUGAUUCAAGAGGGAGUGUACGCUCUCAUUGACACUUAUUCCUCGGGCGUGGGACGAGCAGCAGCCUUCGAGUCCAGGGGAAAGGAGUGUCGCUUCCACGUCUCCAAAACAGUCUUGAAGAACGACUGGGACCAUAUGGUGCACCCGCAGAAUUCCGUCUUCCGGGAGCAGAUCGACGGAAAAAUUCGCCAGUUGCGUUCGUUUGGAAUUAUUGAGAAAAUCAAGAAGCAAUAUUACACCGCUUCUUGUGAGAGGGAAUAUCGCCCAAGUGGACAAAAUCCUUUAAGUAUAACCAAGGUACAAAGCGCCUUUUACGUGCUUGCAGCCGGUCAUCUCAUAUCUGCUAUAGUCUUCAUCACCGAAAAGAUGGCCUGGAUAACUCGUAGGAUUUCUUUAUGACUCUGAUGGUCUACCUUUCAAGAGUAACUAUACAAUCCUGUAUCAGUCUAUUACUGUUCUCAGCAAUUUUGCUUAAAU